AUGGCCGCACUGGUGGACAACAGGUCCAUCAAAGACACCCACGACCGCGACUCGCGUCGCGCCACGCCCAAGCUCAAGCCUGAGUUCAAUGGCGAGUCGUUCUCAGGAACUUUGAGAACGACAACGGUGGUAGUCGAAGGACUACUAAUCGAAGGGGCCGAGGGGUGGGUUGAGGAGAGACGGUUGGUGCCCGGGAGAGAGGUCGGCCUCCAUGGCGUGCACGCGUGGUUGCCCAAGUGCCAGACAGAAUGGUUACUCCGAGGAUGCUCGGAGAGGAGUCUGGAGAGGAACCUUUUUCUCUGCAUCGGCUGGGUAUCUCAUCGAGCCGCUGCCAGACAUGGCAUCGUCAAAGAAGGAUGCCGGGCUGCUAGCAACGGUCGUAUGAUUGGCUUUUUCCGUCAACAAGCAUGCUUUGGGUUCUCGCCAACGCCAAAGACUGGAACAUACGAGUAUCCAGACUCACAGUACCAUGGCAUCCAGAGCUCUCAUGAACCUCAACACGGAGACUGUGUCUCUCGUCAACCUCUGUAUACUCCGGAAGGUCCACAUCCAUCUGCAGCCUCCAUUGUCGCUCUUACCAGCAAACAAUUACCAACCCAGGCCUACUCACCAGAAUCAGAAUGGAGUCGAACCAUCCAUACUCGCAGAAUCUCAAUGCUGCCAACCAACCCGACUCACAACAAGCCAGCCCUGAUGAUCAACAGAAGGGUUUCGGCGCCAUGGAACAUCGACAGACGCAUUUUCAGAUCAGGCUUUUCCAUUACACAUGAUCCUCUGUAUAUCCUGGUGCGGUCACCAUCAACGACCCUUUCCUGCCGCAUACCGAUUUGCAUACACAGUACACUGGCAUUGGCACCAACUCUUUUUGGUCGCACGUCGGCUUUCAAAACCAGCAAAGUGGCGAAUAUCAUCGAUCUCGUUCGCUCACUGCGGGUGGAGCAGAUCCUAACUUUGACCGUCGUGAUAAGGACUCGGACAGCCAAUCUUGGACUCCAGAUCCACGAUGGCACCGCUGGACUAUUGGAGUUGCUGGUGGGAGUGGUUUUGACAUCGAGCGUCUAG